CAGAAGUAUUCGCAGUGUCACAUGACUGCAGUUUGUUGAACCAAACUACCAUCUGAUACUGUUGUGUUGAAGGAAUGCUGCUCUUCGCAAAGUUCCUGAAUGGUGGUUAACUUUUGCAGAAUAGCGAUAUCGGAUGUUGCUGCAGCCUGCUUGGAUCCAAGAUUUAGGACAUAUGAAGUUAGCUGAUCGAUUGUGUUUCGAUCAAUUCAGAACUGCAGAUAGAUAGAAAGAAAGGGGAGCAUCAGGAUAGUUCGUGUGGUCGGCGAGCUGCGAUAAAUACUUCAAUGGGACCUCGGAAUGGAUUGUUGUCCGCAAAGUAUACUCUUUUUUAUAUGCAAUAUUCACACUAAUUCCGUUUAUUAAGCUACGCACGGCUAUGUUUUUCGUUAAGGUUAGUAAAUAUUUAAAUUUCAGAAUGAGCACUUCGAACUGUUUUUCCAAAUAGCCUUUUAUUGUGUUUUUUCUUGAUAGAAACUAAAUAGUUUUUGAAUUGCAUUCAAGCUUUGCAAUGGAUCUAAACGUAUUCAACAAUUGAAGACUGGACCCAGUAGGCCUAUAGGCUAGUAGCCUAAUCAGAGCAGGAGUGCGUCUUCAGGCGAGAUGAAGUGUCUGCUGAUAGCGAGUGAGAGCGCGGAGGUUCUCUUCUACUGGACCGACCCGGAGUUCAGGCAGAAUGUCCAGGACCAGUACGCAGCGUCCCAGGAGGAGGGCCAGAGGCCCCCAGCGUUUGAGGACAGCCUGAACACUCUGUUCGCUCCCAUCAUCAUCUCCUGCAGCACCAUGGUCGACCGGCUGGGUGACAGCUACGCCUGCUUCACCACCGAGAACCAACACAACUACGUCUUGCAUCAGUUCGAUGAGUGUCUUUACAUCGCCGUGAACGGAGACGGCCAGGAAUGUGAGGACGACCUGAGGAGGAAGAUCUACGUGAUGAAGAAGAUGAUCGAAGUCCUCUUCGGCAUGGUGAACCUCAGCAGUAACCUGCUCCGUAAAGAACUGCGUCCUCAAGACACGGAGCAGAGGACCGGACUGUGGAAGCACCUCCAGGGUCUACUGGAGACCUACAGCCGGCUCCGGGAGAACGACCAGAGCUUCUUAGUGGAGGCGGUGGAGCGGCUGAUCCACCCCACGCUGUGCGAGCAGUGCAUCGAGUUCCUGGAGCGCCGCCUGCUGCCGGCGCUGAACAGCAGCUCCGAGCGGAACGGAGAGGAGGUCCUCCACUCCUUCAUCCUGGUGCACACCAAGCUGCUCGCCUUCUACUCCAGCCGGAACACCAGCACUCUGAGCCCGUCUGACCUGCUGGCUCUCAUCAUCAUGACGCAGAGCAUGUACCCCUCCAACACUGACCAGGAAGACCAUGGCCCAGAGGAUGUGGAAAGUGUGUCGGUUUCGGGUCUGGAGAUGUUUUACACACCACAGCCCUCGCCUACCAACAGAAGCUCCAGUGGUUCAGAAAGGACAGCAAGAGAGGACACUCCUAUGUUUGAGUUUGUGGAUCCAGACAUACAGAUAGCAGAGGACAGCCUCAUCACCCUGGAGAUCUCGCCCCCGGACCCCUUGGCCCCCACCAGAGUGUUCCUGGAGGUGUCCCUCAAGGACGGCUUGUAUCCCAUGAUGCCUCACUCCAUGUACUGCCGGCCGCUCUGGCCCGGGAUCACUCUGGUGCUGCUCACCAAGAUCCCCAACAGCAGCGUGGCCAUGUCGGUGUACUCCUACCUGGAGGCCUUCGCCAAGCUGGAGAAGCGUCUGAGCGAGGGCCAGGAGGGCCCAGCCGCUGCCAGGGGCCAGCCCACCGUCCACGACCUCCGCAGCAAGCUGGACAAGUUCAUCAAGGCCCUGGGGCCCUGCGACAUCCAGACGUCUCAGUUGCAGAAUGUGUGGUCGGAGUUCAAGAAGCGAGCCUUCACCAGAGGGGGCCCAGGCUUCACCAGAGAGCUCAUCCCUUGGUGUAAGAGCAUGAAGACCCAGCUGUGUGGGGUCUACAAGCAGUGCUUCCUGAACGCGACCACCAGGGGAGCCGACGCGCCCCAGCGCCUCUCCCCCGCCCUACAGGAACUCGCUCAGGCCAUGGUUCAGGAGAAACUAAUGGACUGGAAGGACUUCCUGUUGGUUAAGAGCAAGAGAAACAUCACCAUGGUGUCGUACCUGGAGGACUUCCCCGGCCUCGUCCACUUCAUCUGCGUGGAUCGAUCCAGCGGGCAGAUGAUCGCCCCGUCCCUCAACAUCACGGAGCGCAGCACCUCCGAGCUGGGGGGGGGCCCUCUGGCUCAGUUCAUCAGAGGAAAGGUGUGGGGUCUGGUCCGAACGGCGCGGCAGUACCUCCAGAAGGGCUACUCCACUGCCACGCUGCGUGACGGAGACUUCUACUUCUGUUACUUCCUCUGGUUUGAAAAUGAAACCGGCUACAAGUUAGACGAGGUGGACCUGCCUGUACUCCCCGAUGACUCCCCCCCCAUCGGAGUGCUGGCCCGGGACUAUUACAGGAAGCUGCUGCGCUACUACAGUAAGACCCACGCGGGGGAGGUGGUGAAGUGCUACGAGCUGCUGACCGUCCAUCUGGGGGUCAUCCCCACCGAGUACAUCCUCCAGCACUGCAGACAACUGGCCAGCAAGCUGUGGGAGCCCUCCCGCAACCCCCUCCUGUAGAGGGCGGCCGCAGGCUCAGGCACAGGCACGCCCUAGUGGAAGCCUACUCCUGUGGAGAAGCACGCACACGCACACACGCAUGCACCCACGCGUACACACACACACACACGUGCAUUAUGUGCAUUUAUGGUAAGGAACGCAUGCGCACGCAGGCAUAAAUGCAAUUCCCUUCCUUAAAUGAAACAUACCCACAUGCAGGUAUGCAACCCCCUUUGGAAAGAAAGAUAUAAACCAGCAAGCAUGUUUACAAUCACAUCUGCAGCCCAUUCUUAGACAUGCAUUUGUUCCCUGCCAGAAACACAUUUCUAUGUAUUCUAUCAUGUCAUGUUGAAGGAUAGUUCAAAGAAUUUUUUUUAUGUGAAAAUAAUUUUAUGGUUCUAUGAAGGCUGUGACCAAAAAUGGUUUAUUGAUAUCACUUUAAAGUGAUUUGAAGGUACAGAUUUGACCACUUUGAACACUGUUGGGCACUAUCAAUUAUAUUGACUACUAUUUUGUUUGUGUAUUCCUGAUUGUUGAUGAAUGAUUGUUUUCUAUUGUAUCAUAUUUAUUAGCAAUACACUAAAUGUAUUUUGAAUCUGGA